AUGACAUCAUCAUCUGAAGGAGAGAUUCUUCAAGUCGGACAGGUCAUCAGAGAGCGAUGGAAAAUAGUGAGUUUCCGUCCGAUUGAGGGAUCUUCUAAUGUCCGAAUCGGUUUCAGAAGGCCAAAAUCGGUGGCGGUGGAUUCGGAGAGAUCUACGAGGCCACAGAUGUUCAGAAUCACCAUGAGCGGGUAGCAAUCAAGGUCGAGUCUAGCAAAGCGACGAAGCAAGUGCUCAAAAUGGAGGUCGCAGUUCUCAGACGACUUCAAGGUUUGUCUUCUUCUGAUUUCUUCUGUUUAUGACGCAUCAUCGCUUUUCUCUGCUUUUUUGCUCCGUUUUUUUUUGCUCGAGUCGUCAUCAAAAAUCUAAUUACGUGGCGUCUCUGGAAGUAACAAAACGGCCUCGGGGCGGCGGAGAAAUCUGAAAGACGAAAGUUGUGAUGAGAUGGUUAUUUUUUCCAGGAAAAAAACACGCGUGUAAAUUCUACGGGUGCGGACGAAACGACAAGUUCAACUACUUGGUGAUGAGUCUGCAGGGCAAAAAUCUGGCCGAUUUGAGGCGAGAGGCGCCCAAACAGUGUUUCAGUCUGAACACAGCCGUCCGGAUCGGACUGCAGAUUCUGAACGGAAUACGAGAGAUUCACUCGAUCGGAUUCUUGCACAGAGAUGUCAAACCAGUUAGUUGGACUGGGAAAAAAAACGACACGAAAUCCUAUCUGUUUCAGUCAAACUUUGCAAUGGGGCGCACUUCCCAGACGAUGCGCAACGUGUACAUGCUCGACUUCGGCUUGGCCCGUCAAUAUCUGAAUGCGAAGGGAGAGAUCAGAAGCCCGCGAAGUGCCGCCGGAUUCCGAGGGACCGUUCGGUACGCAGCAGUGACCGCACACAAGAACAAGGAAAUGGGACGGCAGGACGACCUGUGGUCUCUCUUCUACAUGCUCACCGAGUUUCUGCAAGGACAGUUGCCAUGGCGAAAGAUCAAGGACAAGGAUGAAGUGGGCAAGAUGAAGGAGGAGGCGGAUCUGAACAUUCUUCUCGACGAUUGUCCUCAUGAACUGCACCUGAUCGCUGCGCAUCUGAAGACUUUGGGAUACGCGGACGCUCCGGACUACAACUACUUGGAGUCCCUCCUCAAUCAAAUUGUUUCCAAGUGAGCUUUCUAUUUUGCAGCUGCACAAUAGCAAUAAUAAUAUUUUUCAGAAAUGACAUCAAGUGGGACGAUCCGUACGAUUGGGAAUUGGGAUACGACAAUCUGGCGACGAGACAAAAACAACAGGCAAAUGGGAAUUUAUCGGCUCGUCUGAAGUCCCACACGACCGCAGUUAUCAGAGAUCAGAGGAAUGAGAACAGAGCACUGGACACUCAGGCCCCGAUCACAAUGGGCGAAGACGACGACGAGCAGACGAACGGACAAAUGGCGAAUCUGGGGGCGGGGUUCGAAAGCACACACGAAAAGGCCGCUGAGAAGCCAAAGUACAAGAGACACGAGUUCUUGAAGUAAUCCCGAAAUCUUAAAAAACGAAUCAUCAAAUUAGGUUUUCAGACCCAAGUACGGAACUGUCAAUUUGGAUGUGAUCGACGCUGUGAAUGCUCGAUUUGCAGCGUGUGACGAAGAGAACUUCCGAGGAGGAUCAGCUGACGUGGAAGCGAACUUCCAGUUGCCGUCCUCGAUUCUGAAGACACAACAGACACCUCAGAUGGCCGAGAGCUCCCUUUCGAUCAAAAGAGCCGGCGGACUGCCUAUGGACAAGACGAGAAGCAACAAGUCGAUUACGGUAAGUCACCUCGAGAACAUUGUCUCAGCGAAAUCUAACUUUUUUCAGUUAUCUAUCAAUAAUCGCUACAAGCCCGGAGCCAAGACCAACAAGAUCUCCUCUUUCGACAACACGAAUGCUCAGAUGGACGACAAUUCAGCAAAUAAUGUACGGACUGCUCAGACGAUAAUGAGCAAAUGGCAGGGAUCUUUCGAUGCGAGCUGCGAGGAGAUGAUGGACGGCGGAGCAGACGAAGAGAAGGUGCUCGGGAGACUGAAUCCCGCUUUUCGUGAGUUGACUUAUCGCAAAACGUAAACGGCAAAAUGCUCUUUCAGCAGUGCCUAAAGCUUCGUUACUUUCCACCCCUCGAUCGAUGGAUUCGAAUACCUCUCCAGGCGGGAAUUCUCCGUCGUCUCCUCUGAAUCCACGUGCUUCGCCCAUUCAGCGUGAGUUUUUAACACUCUAAGAAUGUAUUCUAUUCUUCUCUUUCAAUUCAGAGCGUCGAUUGUCCCGAUCAGAAAAAGAGCGAAACGGAAUGCACCGAACGGCAAGCUGCGGAGCGCCUCAAUCAAAUAGCAUUAUCAGUCACUUCAAAGGGCUCAUCAAUGUGAGUUUCGUCCCGUGAUUGAUUUCUGAUUUCGUCACACAUUCACGUCCUUCCAGUCCUUUAACAAUCUCGGCGUCGGAAGUCGUCUAUCUCGAACGACGUCAAUCGACGAAUCAGCGAAUCGCCAGAUCUCUGCACCUCAGCCGAUGAGUCAGCGUCAAGUGAACCAGCGAACCGAGGAUAACAGCUACGGAAUGCGACAUUCGACGUCGAUGGGCGUGCACAACAGUCAGAACACUCAGAGGAUCAGUGCCACGUUCAAUGCGUACGAGUCGCCGGAAGAACGCGAACGACGGCGGGAACGGAGGAUGCGGAGGAGGAGUGUGGAGAGCAACGGACGGGUGAGCAUUGGUGUCGAAUAGGGCAUUCCGGAGCACAUUCCGAAUUGCAAAUCACUGUUUUGCAGGUGGAAUUGGAGACCCCUCCGCCGUCGGUCCGUUCGCCCGUCGUCGUCAACAAGGCGUCAGUGGUGCACGCGCCAGCGAGCUCUCCUCCCGUCAAAUUGCGUGACAACGGAAUCGACGAGGAGUUCCGGAUUCCUUUGGAGGAGAACAACAAGCCGUUGCUCUUUUACAAACGAAAGCGUUAUCAGUUUCUGAACUUUCCGCGCACUUCUUCGAAAUCAUAA